AAUCACUGUCAGCUGUCAAAUUUUUGUUGAUUGCCGGUAGUAAAUUUUUUUAAGUUGGUUGUUUAGUAAAAUGGCAGAAACUUUAACACGAUUUCCUGCAAAUCCUGUUGGAAAGGUAUUUAAAUCAUGCCCAAAUGGAGCGCUUAUAUACUCUGGCUUUCGCAGCAUAAAUUAUGUUGCCAUCUUUGAGAACCAGAACCCAACUGUAGAAUGUUUUUAUACGCGACAACCUAUUAAUGAAAUAAGCGUAGAUCCGAAGUGGCCAAUUGAUGACGGUGUAAAUUCAAGGAGAUAUUUUUCAGUUCUUUUCGAGGAUAAUAUCGUUCAAGUAUGGGACUUCGAAAAAGGAUGCCCUUUAUAUGGACACAAAGCCCAUGUCCAACAAAGUCACGUGGAGGGAAAGGGCGAUAAAUUUAAAAUUGUUUUAAUGGAUUUCAUGAGCAACUCUAAUCUCAUGACUCUUGAUUCCCAGGAUGUUAUUGUGUUAUGUUGUAGUUCACAGAAUUAUAUUAAACGGCGUAACUUUUUGAAUUUACGGUCAGACAAAUUAUUGUCAUUAAGUUGCUCACAAUUUAAUGCAAACAUUUUUGCUGUGGGAACAAUACGCGGAGUCGUAUAUGUUUGUGAUGUACAAAAAUCGGCCGUAAUUCAUGCUUUGCGAGGUCAUCGAGAAACAGCAAUUUCAUCAAUUGUUUGGCAUUGCUUUAGUCAAAAUACAUCUAAAGAGCAAGAAACUGAUGAUGAUAAAGUUUUAGAUAUGUCUGUUAAUAAAGAUUUAAAUAACGAGUGCAAGCAACUAGCUAAUGCAAAAUCGGAUGAUAUCUUCAGUCAUUGCUUUAGUCAAAAUGCAUCUAAAAAACAAGAUCCUGAUGAUGGUGAAGUUUUAGAUACACACAUAAAUAAAGAUAUAAAUAACGACUGCGAGCAACUAGCUAUUACAAAAUCGGAUGAUUGCUUCAGUCAGGAAGAAGAACUGAAUAAAGAUGAACAAUGCCAAAGUUCUGAGAAAAAUAUAGCACAUAAUAAAAGUCUUUCAAGCGACGAAAGCUUAGCAACUAUUUGUAGUUCAUCAGAUGACGAAAUAGCAGUUGAGGGUGACCCAAAUUUGUUAAAAACUAAAGUUUUAUAUAAAGCUCAGGUGCAUGCAUCGUUAGGUGGUUCUGACAAAAGUAAUCAAUCAAUUGAUAAAGUUGGAAUAACACCUGAAGACACAGUUGAAAUUGAGGAACCUAAAGAUAAUAUAUCAAAAUCCAAAGAGUUCGCAGAUGAAUCCGACUAUGAUUUGAUUAAAAAACAUAUUAUGUUAACUUCUGUCAGUGCAUAUAAUGGCACAUAUUGCGUGUGGAAUUUUGAAAAUGGCAAAUUGUGCGAUUCAAUUAAAACUCCUGGCCAAAUUCUUAACCCAAAAAGACAGCUUAGUGUUAAUUGGAAGAAUGAGCAUACAAUCAUAGGUAUCAGUAAAGAAGGCGAAAUUAUGUCUUGGACAUGUGAUCCUCCAACAUAUGAUGAUCAAAACUCGAAUAUCUCUUUGAAAUUCACAAAAGAUAAGCAGUUGAAUUUAAACUUUGCUGCAGACGCAAUUUGUUACGAUAAUAACAAAGAAAUAAUCUGGUGUAGAGGUGGUUCGCGUCAAAUUAUUUGUUUUGAUUUGGUCACAAAAAAAGUAUUGGCUAGUUUUAAUACUGUUUGCAAUGGAAUAUAUGAUAUCAAAGAAUGCCCUGAUGAUAUGAAUAAAAUAUUGUUGGGAUUUUGUGAUCACUCAUUUGGAUUAUUAGAUAUAGUAAAACUAAGUCCGACCAAUAUUAAUAUACAGUCAUUAUGUCGUGCGGAUUUAGUUGUGAAUUGCAUAACUUGGUCUCCAGAUUGCUUAAGUUUCGCUUAUGGAACAAAUGAAGGAACCGUUGGUGUUGUGAACGUUGAUAAUAAAAAGCAUAUAUUCCAAACGAAUUCAGUAGGCAACAAACCGAUUUAUACACUUGACUGGGAAACAGAAAACUGUCUUUAUAUAAAUUAUAAGGACAAGAUUGCAAUGAUGGAUUUAAAAAGCAAAACAAAAGAUGUUUACACUAUCCCAGAAAUGGGUAAUGCUUCAUGUAUUAGUUUUCGUGGCUAUUUUGCAUUCUGUGGAACUCAAACUGGCUAUUUGCAAAUGUUUCGAAUGGCAUCUCCAACAAGAUUUGUAUUCAUAAAAUCCAUCAAAGUGCUAUCGCGUUACAUUAGUCGAAUUAGUUGGAGUCCAAUAGUAACAGAUCGCUUUGCUGUAGUUGGCUCAAAUAAGGAAAUCCAUGUUUUCAGUUUUGAUGAAAAGUCAAUGGAGUUAAUGAAAAUUCACACAUUAAGCGUUGACAAUCUGCAAAAUCAAUUUUCAGAUAUAAAAUGGAGUAACAGUGAUGGGGAUAGAUUUGUAACAUGCUCUCUUUCAGGCGAGGUUCGUGUGUGGGAUAUGAAAGAACAAAAUAAUAAAUUAAUCACUACUAAAGUCUUCAAUUGCCCCAUACGUUGUGCUAUGUUCUUGCCAACCGAUGAGAAUAUUGUUUUGUGCUGUGGUAAAAAUUUAUCACUGGAAACAUUUGAUAUACGUUCAAACUCCGUAUUGUCAACUUUAAAUAAGCGUGUUAGCUCAAUAGAUAACAUUCUAUGGGCCACUAAAGCUUCAACUGUUAUGCCUAAGCGUAAAAAGAAUACAGGCCUCAAAUCUGAAGAAAUGCAGUCUACAAUUAACAUGGAAGAUAAUAACGAAGAUCACAUAAAUGACAAUAAUUUGGAUCUUGAAGGUAACCGAGAAGAAAACACUGCAAAGACUGUAGAUGAAACUAAAGAACGUGUUCAAUCAAUUACCGCUGUUAGAGAAAAAGAACCAACGACAGUUCUUUACAUGAUAGGCAAAGAAAUCAAUAGGAAUGCCAAUCAAAUAUUAUUAAAUAUUUUAGAUAAACGCAGUCAAAAAGAGCGAAAUGACGAUACGAGCUUAUGUGCUAAGCUUUUUGGUAGCAAAGAUGAUUUGCAAGAAAUUUUUAAUGCUGAAUUAAACCAGAUUAAGAUGUCAGGGGUAACAGGAACAAAUCUAGGUAUAAUACCAUGCCUAACAGGUAAUAUUAAAGAAUACAUCGUGAAGCAAGCAGAAGCUAAGAAGCUUACGGAAUGGCAUUUGAUGAUGGCACCAAAAAUUUCAAUUAGAUUUUGGGAAAAGUGCAUGAAUGCUUUCGCAUUGCAAUUGAAGGAUGAAGGCAAACCCCUUUAUUCUGCUUGUACCUAUAUAGGUAUUAAUAAGAUCUCUGAAGCCAUUAAAAUCUUAUACGACCGCAAUCUAUUUCGCGAAAGUUUCUUAGUGGCGCGCUUAUACUUAGAACCAGAUGAUCCGAAAAUCAUUAAAAUUUUUGAAGAUUGGGUAUUGUAUUUAGAUUUAACUGGCAACUUUAGUGGAGCAAGUUUGCUCUGCUUGCUGUCUGGUGAAAAGAAACGAGCCUAUGACUUGAUAUGUAAAAUUCGUCAAAGGGACGAACAUAUUGAACACAUAAUUAAUAUGUUUUCAAAUACUUCUAUAUAGAAUCGUUCUUGUUUACGAAAGACGUUUUAUAUAGUGCCACAUUUUUAUAUUUUUAUUAAAAAUUCUAUAUAUAAGUUUAAGUUGUAUAUAAUAGAUAUAUAAUAAGUCCGUAUAUU